AUGACGCCAUCGUCAACACUUCUUGGGACGAAAACCUCCCGAUUCUUUUAUAUGAUCAACAGAGGCGCCGUGGUUUGCGGUCUACCCAAUUUCUGGAUAACUGAUGUCAAACUUCCACGUCUGUUCGCGUGUAGGGCCUUCGAGAUUCUAGUGAAAUUGAUUACACUCUGUUUUUCGGCGUUCGUAUUAGCAGAAAUCGGUGCGCUUUUCACGCAAAAUGAUCUGAGCGAGAAACAAAGUUUCGAUCGUUUGAUUUUCUGCACUUCACAUCCGCUGCUUUACGCGUUCUGGGUGACCGUGGCUCACCAUAAGGACAAAGUCAAGGAGAUCACUUUUCAGAUGUGCGCUUCAAGGGAAUUGUACAAUGAUCUGGCGGUGGAAGCCCAGAUGCUGAGGAAAGCUAAGCAAUUCUCGGUCGCAAGUGUACUUAGCUGCGCUGUCACGAUGGUAUCGUAUGCUGUUGAUGGCGUUAUACAAGUAAUUCAGUCAGCAUAUGUCACUGUCAUAUCCUUGACGAUCUGCCUCAGCCACCAGUACAAGAACUUACAGAGCUACUUCUACAAGCUCGAAGCGAUUUUCUCUGAGAAAAACCUUAAUCAGGACGAAAAGGAAGAGAAAUACGAAAAAGCCCUUAAGUUCGGCAUUAAAAUGCAUUCGGAAUCAUUGCAG